AUCAUGUCUUUAUGGAGCUGGACAUAGACACGGUUAUGCUGGAAAGGAAAGGUCUGCCCCAAACUGUGUGGCCACAAGGUUGGAAGUGCAUAAUUGUCAAAAAAUGUCUACUGGAAACUCCUGAUCUCAAUUUGUAUGAGUGGCCAUAUAGGGCGGACUGACCAUUUGGAAACUCGGGCACUGCCCGAUGGCCCGGGGUUAGUAGGGGGCCCCAUGAGAUACCCCUGGUACCUUUUUCAUAGGCUUUUUUUAGUUUGAGCAAGGACACAGGGGCCCCAUGA